AUGUCUGAUGAUCUACUAGUCUCAAAUUUGUUCUCAGUGAAGGAUAAAAUAGCGUUAAUUACAGGUGGAGGCACUGGAAUUGGUAAAAUGAUUGCAAAAGCAUUCGUAAAGAAUGGUGCGAUAGUUUAUAUCGCUUCAAGGAAUAAAACAGUUGCUUCAAGGGACAAAGCGAGCCUUGAUGACGUUGCAAGUGAAUUAACAGAAAUGGGUCCCGGAAAAUGUUUUAGUAUUGAAGCGAAUUUGGAUUCAAAAGAUGCUUGCGAAAAAUUGGUGACUGAUUUCAAAAAUUUAGGAAAUGUUAAACUAGAUAUUCUUGUGAAUAAUGCUGGUACUUGGCAUGAGUCGGCUUUGACAGAUAUUCCCGAAGAUGCGUGGGAUAGAAUCUAUAACUUAAAUGUUAAAUGUGUUUUCUAUUUAACGAUGGCUUUUUUACCAUUACUCGAAAAGGCCAGUAAAAAACUGGUUGAUCCAUCAAGGGUUAUCAUAACCGGGAGUAUUCUUGGUAUCGGUGAGGGUGAGCUCAAAGUAAUGCAAGCAGUUGGAUUAUGUGCCCUACCUUAUAGUUCAUCCAAAUCUGCCGUACAUAGCGUUUCAAAGAAUUUAGCUGUGCAUCUUACUCCACGAGGAAUAAAUGUCAAUGUCUUGGCUCCUGGUAUAACUCCCAUAACAUCUACACCAGCUGAACUUGAUGAUAUAAAACUUAGUGAUAUUCCUCAAGGUCGUGUUGGAGGAGAGUUAGACAUGGCUGGAGCGGCAUUAUACUUAGCUUCGCGUGCUGGUAGUUGGAUAUCUGGCAUUGAGCUUGUAGUCGAUGGUGGAACUCUUUUACAAUUUAAAUUAACGGAUGUACAAAAAAUUUCAUUGCAAAGUUCUAUAUGUGCUUUUGGUUUAGAAAUUGCACGGGGAGCAAAGUGCCUUAUCCGAAUGGAAGGCAAUCAAACUAUUAUUACUAGGCCAACAGACACCAAUGAUCCCGGUAAUGCAAAAGUCGUUAAAAAUUACUUUGAAGAUGUCAAAGCCUUUACUUUCGAUAAAUCAUACUGGUCCUUUGAUAAAAAUGAUCCUAAUUACGCUAUUCAGACACAUUUAUAUAACGACCUCGGAAAAGAACUUUUAAACCACGCUUUUGAAGGAUAUAAUACUUGUAUUUUUGCAUAUGGUCAGACUGGUGCUGGUAAAUCUCAUACUAUGAUGGGAUACGGAGAAGAUAAAGGAAUUAUUCCUCUCACAUGUCGCGAAUUAUUCAAUCGAAUUGAAUGUAGUAAAAAUCCUAAUGUUACAUACAAAGUUCAAGUUUAUUUUAUUGAAAUUUACAGUGAACGUAUUCGGGAUCUACUGAACCCUAAAAAUAAAGAAAAUCUUAAACUUAGAGAACAUCCUGCACUUGGGCCAUAUGUUGAAGACGUAUCCAAUUUAAUUGUCAACUCGUUUCAAGAUAUAGAAAAUUUGAUAGACGAAGGUCUUAAAUUAAGAAGUGUGGCUGCUACAAAUAUGAAUGUGACUUCGAGCCGUUCGCAUGCCAUAUUUACAUUAUUGCUAACGCAGAAACAUUACAAUGAGGCAACUAAAAUGGAUACUGAAAAAGUGUCUCGUAUUAGUCUUGUGGAUUUAGCUGGUUCAGAACGUGCUAAUAAUGCUAAAAGUGCUUACAUUAAUAAAUCAUUAACUACUCUGGGUAAAGUAAUUGCUGCUUUGGCUCAAUAUUCUGUUGGUAGUGGUUCCAAAAAAGAUUGGUUCAUUCCUUAUAGAGACUCUGUCUUAACGUGGCUACUUAAAGACAAAUUGGGAGUUUUGGGAGGUAACUGCAAGACAACUAUGAUCGCUGCUAUUUCUCCAGCAGAUUAUGAUGAAACACUCAGCACUCUUCGCUAUGCUGAUGCAGCAAAGCGAAUCAAAUGCAAGGCUAUUGUUAAUGAAGAUCUUAAUGCGAGACUCAUUCGUGAACUUAAAGAAGAAUUACCAAUGUUACGAAAAGUUUAUGAUUCUAGUGUUCUUGACAGUCAACAAAUUGUCACAUUUAAAGAUAUGGAGGGCAACGUUAUUAAGAAAACAAAAGAAGAAUUGUUCGAUCAAAUUCAAGCAUCAGAAAAGUUGAUGAAAGAAGUAACCGAAACUUGUCAGGAAAAGAUAAUGCGUACGGAAGAAAUUCAACUGGAACGAGGAAAAACACUAGAAGAACUUGGGAUCAUGAUCGAGAGAAAAAAGAAAAGUGCUGUUGGUGUACAUUCUCCUAAAAUGGUGCCACACAUUGUUAAUCUCAAUGAAGAUCCUCUUUUGUCGGAGUGUUUGGUUUACCAAAUUAAGAGUGGAAUUACGCGCGUGGGCCGCAUUGAUUCAGAAACUCCAUCUGAUAUACGUCUAGCUGGUGAAAAAAUAUUAGACUCUCAUUGCCAUUUUACUAAUGAAAAUGGAACGGUGACAUUGCACCCAUCUCCAGAAACCACAACUAUGGUUAAUGGCCAUCGAAUAAAUAAGCCAAAAAAGUUGAAAUCGGGAUUUCGUAUUAUCCUUGGAGAUUUUCAUGUAUUCAGGUUUAAUAAUCCUGAAGAAGUUAGACGUGAACGUGAGAGAAAUAAUAAACCUUCUUUGCAAAUCAAUUCAAACACCAUGUCAGAGGAUGUAAUUGAUUGUGUUAUUGAUUGGAAUUAUGCAAGAAGAGAAAUGGCAAUUAACUAUUUGAACAAUACCGGCGGACCAGCUCCAGCUCCUUUUCCAGAUGAAGAUAUUCAGAGACUCAUGGAUGAUUUAAGACAGAUCAGAAAUGCUAGAAAGGUUUAUUUUGAUUGUCUAAGUAACAAUUUUGAUAAUCUAAGUGACAAUUCUGAUAGUCUAAGUGACACUUCUGAUAGUCUAAGUGACAAUUUUGAUAACACUGCAUCAGAAAAAACUGAAGAGAAAGUUAGAGUCAUCAAAGAAAAGAUGCAACGAGAACUCGAUUUACAAAAACAACAAUAUGAAGAAAAGAUAAAACUAUUAGAAGCCGAGAAAAAAUUGUUGGAAGAAAAACUCAAAAUGGUUCAAAGUUAG